AUGACGGAGUUCAAUCCUUCGAUUUGUAACUCUUGGUGGGGAAAAUAUAAUUUUGGCUUUGCUGUUAGAAACUCUGAAGGAAGGUCAGGGGGUUUGGUUUGUGUGUGGAAUAAGGAGGUCUUCCAAGUUUCCAGCAAGUGGGAGAUCAAUGGGGUGGUUAUUGUGAAUGUGAAGUGGAUUAAAGAAGAUAUUGGAUGUUGUUUGAUCAAUGUUUACGCACCUGCUGGUGCGGGGGAGAAAGCUAUUCUCUGGGAUCUUAUCAAAACAAUUGUGGAACAAAAUGAAGACCGAAGUGUUUGUGUGAUGGGUGACUUCAAUGCCGUCCAGAAACGGGAAGAAAGAGCAGGAAAUGGGGACUCUUUUGGGGCAGCGGAGGCUAGAAAUUUCGACCGUUUUAUCUGUGAUAGUGGACUCUCGGAAAUCAGAUCUCAAGGACGUAAGUUCACCUGGUACAAACCGAAUGGCAAGUGCAAAAAAGAUUGGGGACCACGUCCGUUCCGCUUUCUCAAUGUGUGGAUGUCUCACCCGGAGUUUGAACAAAAGGUCAAGAAAGUGUGGACAGAGAACAGACCGACGGGAUGGAGAUGCUUCGUGGUUAGCGAAAAAUUGAAGAAAUUGAAAACGGAGUUGAAAGUUUGGAAUAAUUCGAUCUUUGGAAAUAUUGAUGAGAGAAUCAAAGAUCUUAAGGCAGAACUGUUGAGUCUUGAUCAGAAAGAUGAAAGAAACGAGAUGGGGGAAUCCGAGAAUAUCCGAAGAAAUGAGAUUCAAGCAAACCUCACCCUUCAAUUGAAGGACAAGCAAAGGGUCUUGCAUCAGAAAGCUAAGGUUCGAUGGCUCAAGAACGGCGACCUCAACACGGGGUUUUUCCAUCGGGCAAUUCGGGGAAGGAGAAAAAUGAACGAAAUUGCAGGAUUAUUUUUCGAGAAUCAAUGGGUGUCUAAUCCUAGUGAGGUCAAAACCAAAGUUCGGGAUCACUUUGAAGGCUUUUUCAAAAGGAAUGAGAGACAUUUGCCAAACCUUCCCAAUGACUUCCUUAAGAAAAAACUUUCGGAUGAUGAACGGCACUAG